CGGCAGGAGCUAGUCGGGGGAGCCUCUGUAGGGCUGCAAGGCUGUGCGGAGGUGAAGACGAGUUGCCACCAAUGCCGGAGGAGUGUCAAUGCCGUUUGGUGUACCAGCUGUGACAGGAGGGGGUAUUGCGACGGCUGCAUCUCCAGAUGGUACUCUGACAUUGCAAUAGAUGAUAUUCAAAAGGUUUGUCCAGCAUGCCGUGGCAUUUGUAACUGCAAAUUUUGCUUACAAGGAGACAACUUAAUUAAGGCAAGGGUGCAGGAGAUAUCUGUUGUAGAUAAGUUGAAAUAUCUUCAUAGCAUUUUGGCAUAUGUUCUUCCAGUGCUAAAGCAGAUUUACUCCAACCAAUGCUUUGAAAUAGGUGUUGAAACAAGAGCUUAUGGGCCCAAGAUGGACAUCAUUAGGGCAAAGAUGAAUUCUGAUGAGCAAAUGUGCUGUGACUUUUGCAAAGUGCCAGUGUUUGAUUAUCAUCGGCACUGUCCAAGUUGUUUGUAUGACUUAUGCCUUGACUGUUGUCGAGACAUUAGGCGCUCUCAGACAAAUGUAGUCAGAGGAGAAUAUGCUGACAGUAAAGGUCCUGUGGUAGAGACAAAUAAAGAUAGUGCGAGUGACAGAGCAAGAUUGGAACCAUCUGCAGCAAGUGUCAACGAUAAGUUGUUCCCACAGCCGAUAGAUGCAAAUGAUAUUGGCAUCAGAUCUUUGUUUCCUACAUGGAGAGUCAACAAUGAUGGCAGCAUCACUUGUGGGCCUCAUGAGGCUGGUGGUUGUGGCUCCUCAAAGCUGGUAUUAAGGCGAAUAUUCAAAAUAAACUGGAUUGGUAAGCUUGUAAAGAGUUCUCAAGAAAUGGUUAAUGGUUGCAAAGCACAUGAUCUUGAGAAUGGAUGCUCAUCCUGUAACGAUAGCAGAAGAUUGGACUCAAUUGGUCGCCAUAACUUUGGUCUCUCAAAAUGUUCAGAUAGUGAUGGUAUUGAUGGGAAUUCUGUGUACUCUUCUGUACUGGAGAACUUAAAAUACGAGGGUAUUGUCCAUUUCCGUAAACACUGGAUAAAUGGGGAGCCUGUAAUUGUUAGGAAUGCAUUUGAGCCUUCUUUAUCAUCAAGUUGGGACCCGUUAAGUAUUUGGCGAGGAAUCCAGGAGAUCAUGGAUGAAAAAAUGGAUGAAAAUGCCAUAGUUAAAGCUGUGGACUGCUCAAACCAAUCAGAGGUGCAUAUCAAGCUCAACCAAUUUAUCAAAGGUUAUUCAGAUGGUCACAAGGGAGAAGAUGGCAAGUUAAUGAUGCUGAAAUUGAAAGAUUGGCCUCCAGUGAGCGUAUUAGAGGAGUUUCUGUUAUGCCAGCGACCAGAGUUCAUUGUCAAUUUUCCCUUAGUAGACUUUAUCCAUUCUAAGUGGGGCUUUCUUAACCUUGCGGCUAAGUUACCCCCAGAUGCCCUACAGUCUGAAGUAGGCCUAAAGCUGCUUAUUGCAUAUGGAAGGCAGCAACAACCUGGUAGAAGCGAUUCAGUGACAAAUCUGAUGGUUAAGAUGGGUGAUGUGGUACACAUGUUAAUGCAUAGAGCUGAAAUGCGUUACCUAUGUCCAAAGAGUCUACAACCUGAGCAGCCGGAAAGGAUUGCUAAUGGGAUGGCAGUGCAUGUAAAUGCUCAUGCACCUGUGCAAAAUUUGAAUCUGGAUAUGGGGGAACAAUCACCUGAACACACAGUUUCUAAGUCUUGCAGCCCUUCUGUAGGAUCUUCUGCUGAACUAUCGAGUUCAUCACAUUCAGAGCAACCAAAAACUAAUGGUGUAGAAAGAUCUCAGCCUGGUGCUCUUUGGGAUGUCUUCCGCAGGCAGGAUGUGCCGAUGCUGAAUAAAUAUUUAGCUUCUAACUGGGAGGAACUUACAAAUAACAGUCAGGCGAUGCUCUCUGUAAUUACUUCUCACUACUCUAUGCCAAAUUUGGUUGAACCACUUUUGUCAAAUAUGUUUAUGUUGAGAAUACUAUUUCUUUGGUUUCAGGUGAAGCAUCCUAUUUAUGAUCAAGCUGUAUAUCUCAGGGAGCAUCAUAAAAGGGUAUUAAAGGAUCAAUAUGGAAUUGAACCUUGGACAUUUGAACAACAUAUUGGCGAGGCUGUUUUUAUUCCAGCUGGCUGUCCUUACCAAGUAAAAAAUCUCCAGUCUACGGUUCAGUUGGCUCUGGAUUUUUUGUCGCCUGAGAGUUUGCGGGAGUCGGCUCGUAUGGGCCAAGAGAUACGCUGCCUGCCAAAUCAUCAUGAUGCAAAACUGAAGAUGCUUGAGGUUGGAAAGAUAGCUUUAUAUGCAGCAAGUUCCGCUGUCAAAGAAAUUCAGAAAAUAACCCUCGAUCCCAAGUUUAAUCUGGAUAUCAGAUUUGAGGAUCAGAACCUAACCCGGGCAGUUUCAGAGAACUUGGCUAGAGUCACUAAACAACGAAAGGUGUCUUGUGGUUGACAUUCUACAAGCCCUCAGGAGAUGCGGGAUGUAAAAUUGAAACUGAAACCCAUGUGAAGUAGAUAUAGCAAAUUGUACAUGUAGCAUACCAUGUCCCGAAAGGAACACAUUCACAACUCUUGUCAGAUAGUAUUGACCUCACCUGUAUAUUGUGGGUUAGGACUAACGGCUGUGCUCAUGUCAACAAAAAUAAUGUGUUGAGCAAUUAAUGAACAUUACAAUGAGAGUAUGAAUGAUAACUGCUCUUCCGCCAUUUUGAAGAGAAUUUCAGACAA